AAUAAUUAAUGCUGACUAAAUUGCUUUUGAAAUCAAGAUAAGCACGAUUUUGUGGUAAGGAAAAAAGUUGAAUAAUUAGUUUAUAUUAAGAAUUCUGUAAACUAUCAUGUUGCUAAUUCAUAAGAUCCAAAUAGCAAAUUUGCUACUCCCUAAUUCAAUUCAAGCAUUCUUGAUUUUGAUAAGGAUUAAGAAAACAAUGUUUAAAUGCACUACUAUCAAGGUAUGUUAGUAGUGUGAAAUUGUUUAGGCAAAUUUAUGCCAGAUGAAUUGGAUUGGACAGAUGUAUGGGAAACAGCAUAUUAAAAUUUUACAUAACCAGAAUACCUAUAUCAUUUUUGGUUUUGUGGUGUUCUUUAUUGUUUCGAGCCUGAAUGGACCAUCAAUUAUCCAUAUGAAAAGGGUCCUCUUUCACCAUUGUUUAGAGGAGAACAUGCUUUAAGAAGAUAUCCAACAGGAGAAGAAAGGUAUUUACAGAUAUAUUCUAAAAUUUAGAUGCAUAGCAUGCAAAUUAUGUUAGAGUGCUUGUCCAGCAAGAGCUAUUACAAUAGAAACAGAACCAAGACCUGAUAAUUCAAGGUAUAUUUAUUCAUUUAUGUUUCAGACGUACUGUGAGAUAUGAUAUUGAUAUGACAAAGUGCAUAUAUUGUGGAUUUUGUCAAGAAGCAUGUCCAGUUGAUGCUAUUGUGGAAGUAAUUAUUAUUAUUCUAAAAAAGGGUCCAAAUUAUGAAUAUACUACAUAUCAACAUGAAGAUUUAUUCUAUGACAAAUUUAAACUUUUAGAGAAUGGUGAUAAAUGGGAACCAUAAAUUGCUAGGAACAUUGAAUAUUUAAUUACAAGAAAGUAUUGAUUAAAUAAAAUUGAAUAUUCGCAAAUAAAAAGAUAUAUAAAUAUAUUAC